UAAAAAAAAGUGCUCCGGCCCGAGCUUGAGUCUAUAAUCAACCCUCCAUGAUCUAUCUUCACCCAACGUCAGACAACCACGCAUCAUCUCCAUCCAUCCAAUUGUUUCCGUGUGACCCGUUCAAUGUUAUUAAAAUGUUGUAUGAUAAUGAGCCACCACUUUACCCGCUGAACCACUUGCCGCCGACCGCCCAUCCCCCUACCCAACCCCAUCUAAAUGCGAACACCCUCCCGGAGAAAGAACCAGAGAUAAAGAGAGGGAGAGUCGGAGAGAGAAAGAGGGAGAAUCAGAGAGUCAGAGUGAGUCGGCGGGUUAUUCAUUCAUCGUCAGGAGUUUUGCGCAACGAGACGACACUGCUUUGUUUAGUAAUUUGCUGAACAAGGGUCGCAUUUCAGAUUAUGUGUCUUGGAAGGACGUCUUGCACCCGCUCGGACCGGACACAAUCCGUCGGACUUUGAGUGAAGCAGCGUCCGGAAUCUCAGGACUCCCAAUUAGUCAGCUGCAACCUUUUGCCCACAAGCGCCUUUUGACACCCCAAAUAUUUAGCGCGCCAGUAUAGCGACAUUAUCGCAGUACCGAAACCUCUCUUUAGAUAGGUAGGCUACGGCGGUUCCAGAAGAACUGAGGACGGCUUAUUCCUAGGUCUCUCCUCCAGUCUCCAUUGCAGCUUUGGAGAUAAGGAUUGCAAUUGGGAGGGGGUGUGCGCUACUCCUCGGUUGACAGAAGAGACACACCGAAACACACUGUGACACACACCUCACACAGACCAGGAAUUCUGUAGCCCGGUGACCACAUUUGGGGAUCUACUUAUUUCUAAGAAUAUUCUUCGACGACGCCAGUAACAGAUGGAUACGGAUUACGGAUCCGUGCGCUGAGCUGCAGCACCGAUGAGCCCGCGGGACACGUAGAGACUUUGCUGCACCGUUCUGACCAAGAGUUUUCAUCUGAAGUGACAACGAGGGAGAGAGGACAUCCUCACCGCAGCAAUCAUGAAGUCCGUCCCGCGCGGUGUCCACCAUGUCCCUCUCGGCACGCCCGUCCAGACGGGUCCUCAACAGGUCCAUCACUAGGAGCCAGAGCUUCGCCGGAGUCAACACCUACGACAAGGCCUACAGGAACCUAUCAGUGUUCACCGCUCCGGGUCUCAGCAGGAAGACGAGCCGGGCCAGCAGAAUGUUCAACAUGACCACCAAGUCCAACACGCCGCCCAAAGUCCCCCAGCCAGAGAGGCUGGACGAGGUCUACGAGGCCCUGAAGAAAGGCCUACAGUCCUAUCUUCAGGUCCACCAGGUAGAACUGGACAGCCUCAGCCGACAGAUGAAGGAAUCCAAGCGGAACUCUCGACUGGGCUUCCUUUAUGAACUGGACAAGCAAGUGAAGGUGAACGAGAGGUUCAUCAGAAGACUGGAGUUCCAUCUCAGUAAGAUAGAGGAGCUGUACGAGGCAUACUGCCGGCAGCGCAGGCUCCGGGACGGGGCGGAGAAGAUGGUGAAGGCCUACACCGCCUCGUCCAGCAGCAAGGAGGCACGGGAGAGCCUGUCGGAGGCCAACAAGAGCUACAAGGAGUACACCGAGAACAUGUGUGUGCUGGAGAGCGAGUUGGAGAGCCAGCUUGGGGAGUUCCACAUUCGGAUGAAAGGUCUGGCUGGAUUUGCCAGGUUAUGUGCCGGAGACCAGUAUGAGGUCUUGAUGCGGUACGGGCGACAGCGGUGGAAGCUGAGAGGGAGGAUAGAGAUCAACGGUAAACAGGACUGGGACAGCGAGGAGAUGGUCUUUUUGCCGCUCAUCACAGAGUUCCUCUCAAUCAAGGUAACGGAGCUGAAGAGCUUGGCCAAUCACGUGGUCGUAGGGACCGUGUCGUGCGAGACCAAGGACCUGUAUGCUGCUCUCCCGCAGACGGUCGCCGUGGACAUCAACGACCUGGGGACCAUUAAACUCAGUCUGGAGGUCACAUGGAAUCCGUUUGAUAAGGACGACCCGUCGUCCGCCGCCAGCACUGUCAAUAAAGCUCCGAGCGUCAACAAGAGGUUCUCCACCAUCUUCAACCAGAGCCCCCCAGACACCCCCUCACUGCGGGAACAAGCCUUCUAUAACAUGCUGCGGCGGCAGGACGACCUGGAGAACGGCACGGCCUGGUCCAACUCCUCCGAGUCCUCAGACGACUCCUCCAGCCCCCGGCUGUCGGCCGGCGGCCUGCGACAGUCCUCCUCCGACAAGCCAGCGGUAACCACUCCAGAUCGCCAACCGGCAGUGACAGGAAGUAGCAGCCCGCAGAUAGACAUCACGUUCUGUCCUAAAAGCGCCGCUUCCUCAACACCUAACUCCGCCCACAAAGGGGUGGGGGGGACGGCGGACAGCCAAGCGGAGCUCCAGAGGGACGACGGGAGUGGCACGGCCGUCCUACCCGCCAACGGCGGCGGGGGAAGCCAGGACUCUGGGAAGCCGUCGCCAGCGGCGACCAAAGCGAGCGCGGCGGCGGCGGCGGCGGCGGCGGCCACCGGAGGCACGCCGAGGCCCUUCAUGCGCUCGCUGAGCCACAUCAGCGAGAGCAGCGCGGAUGGCUCGCUGGGGGCCGAGGUCACCCCCCUGGCGUCGCCCCUCUCCAUCACCGACAUCACAAUGGAGCUCCCGGACCCCGCGGCGGAGCUCCAGGGGGGGGGUGGCCCCCUCACACACACCGCCCCGCAGCCAGAGGCCCCUCCUCCGCCGGGGGGCCAGGGGGGCCCGCCGCCGACGCAGGACGGAACCUUCCUGGCGCACAGGGUGCUGGUGGACCCCGAGGAGAGGCCCGGGGGAGGGGCCCGGGCAGGGCAGGGGGAGGAGGAGGGGGAGGAGGAGGGGGAGGAGGGGGGCCUGGUUGACAGCGGGGUGGAGGAGGCCCUGGAGGCCGUGGUCUCGUCGCUGGACGACUACCGGGGACAGUUCCCCGAGCUGCAGCUGCUGGAGCAGGAGCUGCGGCUGCUGCAGCUCACGCUCAAGGGCGGUAAGCACAGCCGGUCUCCUAGCAUCGUCAGCCUCACUGUGGAAACCGCUUUGGGGAGUUUCGACUUUCUGAAUGGCUCGGACGCUGAUGAGGAAGAGGACGGUGCAGGAAGAAAGAGUCGAAACGGCAGUGCCCAACAUGAGAGGGAUUGGAUGGCCUCCCCUGCCUUUCUCACCACUGGCUGUGCUGCGCUAGACCGCACCCUAGUGGUCCACCUGAACAACUGCAGCUCCCAGCUCCUGCGGCUGGGAAUGUUUGGUCCGCUGCGCUGCGGUGAGAUGUACGCGUUAGACCGACUGCUGCUGGAAGCCCGCAUCUUGGAAAUGGUGCGGCGGGCCGCAAAGGAGUCCCCCAGAGCGCUGAGCCGACCUGAAGAAGUUAUCCCGCAGUUGGAGCACUGCCAAGGGGCCUUGUUGGUAUGGCAACAGUGUGUUGGGCGGGGUCAUCUGUACCAUGUGACCACGGAGUCCCUCCUCACUGCCCUUGGCCUGCUGUGCUCCUUCAAACUGCCUGAGAAGAUGGCCGAUGCCGCAGACUUGGUCUUCCAGCGUCUAGUGGAGCGGAUACUCGAACGGCGUUUACCACGGAGGAGUACCGACAAAGACGUCGUCCUCGUGACCAUCUUCCAGUUGUGGAGUUACCUGGAGGUGGAAGGCAUUAAAGACCUGAACGCGCACGUCAGUGAACUGGCCGAGGAGGUCCGAUUGGUCCAGAGCCUCUCGUCAGGUGACCAGGAAGUGUUGGUGCGCGCUCUGCGCCGCCCCCCGGACUGCAGCCUGAAGAGGGAGGGGCUCCAUGCGGUCGCUAGGUUACUGCGGGACCACCGAGGCAAGGUGUCGGCCUCGGCCAGCUCGCUCUUCAGAAGCCUGGCCGAGCAGCCCAGGUCCCGCGAGAGGGCCUUGGUGAUCUGCCUGGAGCUUCUGGAGGACACGGAUGUGGAGACGCGGGUGUGUGGCUGCAAGGCUCUGGCGUGCUUGAAGGCCAAAGAAGGCAUUGAGCAGCUGGUGUAUUUGUGUCGCACAGACAAGGAGGAAGUUCGAGACGCUGCCAAACAAGCCCUUCUUGUGCUGGGCGAGGAGGGCAGGAUGGCCUUUAGGCACGUGGAGACGUCACAGGAAGGUCUCCCCAGCCUGUUCACGCCCGGAGGCAUGGCCAGCACAGCGUUCUGAAGACAGCCUUCUCUCUCCCUCAAACACACACACUCUGUACGUCUGGUGGUAGUGACACACACACACACACACACACACACACACACACACACACACACACACACACACACACACACACACACACACACACACACACUCUCUCUGUACAUGAGCUGUGGAUAGGGGCUGCAGAGUGAACUGCCUUAAACAGAAGAGGGUGGAGAUGAGCGGACGGGCCUCAGGAAGGGUGGACUGACUGAUGGGAUAAUGAAGGGGGAGGGAAGGCUUAACAAGCAUUUAUGCUUUUAUAUUGAGCUCCUGAGUUUGAUUAUAUGUAUUAAAGCAACCAUAUCAAUGCCUCCCGGGGUUGGAAGAGGAGGUGGGGGUUCAUUGCACUUUUGGUAUUCUGAUUUCACAUUGGAUUCAAGAUACAAAUAGCGUUCAGACGGAGCUGUGUGUAACUUUAUUUUUUAUUCGAGUGAAUCCGUUGUUAAGAUGCAGUAACUCCCUCAAACAUAGUUUAUUACAGCCCGGUUUGUUAUGAAUAGUGAUAUGGUUCAUAAUUAACUUGGAUGAUGGCGUAUUAUAAAUUCUUCAUUAUUGCCACUUGGUAAACUCGUAGUUGGUAGAUGUAGUCAAACUUACCAGUGCCUGCUGUCAUUACGUUUAUUAUCUUUGAGUUUGAGUUUUGAAAUGCUUAUUAGCACAAAGCUAGCAAUAAACUAUUUGUGUUCAGCUGUAUUGAACCAGGGAAACCUUUCUUGGGCUAAAACAUUGUAUGCUAAAACAUAAGGGGGAUAACCUGACUUGUGAAUUACCUAACAGGUAUACAGGGGUACCCUGGUAGUAAUAAGUGCAUCAGUCCCCUUAUCUCCCAGGCCUACCUCUGAAUACUACAAUAGGACACUAGAAUAUGUCUUCAACGUAAAGCUCCUUUAGGACGAGGAAACAGGAAUGGAUUCUAUUGAGUGUCUGGCUCAAGAAAAAUACAAACGUACAGACUGAUGGAUGGACGACAGACAGACUAACACAUGAACUCGAAAGAGAACUGAUCUUGGGACACUCCAGGUGUGUCUGGCCUCUUUAACCACUAGACGAGCCCACAAAGAAAAGGAUUCCCACCACAAUCUGCAGAAAGAAGCCAAUCUACUGAGAUGGUACAUUCAUUGGUCUAUGUAUGUGUCUAUUCCUUCAUUUACAUCCUUCAGGAAAGGGAACUGCCGAUUAACCACGGGAAAACCUGCGCCUCGGCUCAAUCGAUUUAGUUUGAGAUCAAAUACUGUUUGUGUUUGACUGCAUAACAUUGGGAGGUCAUCUGCUUGUUAAAUUAUUCCCGUUUGAUGAGAAAGCUCAUAUAUAUAUAUAUAUAUAUAUAUAUAUAUAUAUAUAUAUAUAUAUAUAUAUAUAUAUGUGUGUGUGUGAUGAGAGUUAGGAGCCAUUGGGUGAAGCGAUUCGGUGCCAUUGUGUGAAUGAUAUGCAUGAGAAUUGCUCAGCCUGUUCUCCCUUGAAAUAUAAAUAUAUAUAUAUACUAAUAUAACUAUACUUCACUGGAAUUGUACAUGUUAUGUGAUUGUAUUGUACAUUUGUUUUUAUUUUAUAGCAUACUCUUAAUUUGUACAUUUAUUUGUAUUCUUUUAUAAAAGCAUUAUUAUGCCUGGUGAUGCAUCAACUGUAUAUUAUCUACUGUAAAGGUUAUUGGGUUCUUUUUCAAAGCACUUCAGCUAUUGUCUAUUUCUAUUUGGGUUAUUGUUACAGAAACCCGGCUGCAGAAGAUGACUCCAAAUUCAACAAGUCUUCCACAGAGCGCUUAAUGUACCAUGUGAACUAACCAAACAGAAUCAUAGUAUUCGGGUUUAUUUUCUGAUUUGCUGAGUAGCUUGCAUUAAGGAGCAUGCUGGGAGCAUUUAGUUUUCUCUGAUGAAAGAAGAGCAUGUAAUGAGUAACCCAUGAAUUGGUGCAUGUUUAUAAACGGCAGCAUUAGAGUUCAUAGAAUCAACAAAAGGGCAACUGCUGUAAACUAUUCUGGAUUUAAGAAAGGCCCAGAGGGAAAUCCUAUACUUUUCAAUUGGAAUGAUAAUAUACCAGGAAACCUUUUUUGUUUUUAACCUGUAUGUCUUUUUUCAUCUUCCCAACCCAUGACUACUGAUGUAUGGGGUCUUAAGGUCUGAGCAGUCUUUGGUUGGGUUUUAUUUUCCCUCUCAUGUUAACCAAGUGCUUGGAUCAAACAUUGCAUUAAUCAUAUUGCAGCCCGAUCCCCGUCCUUUCCCCCAGAGAAACCAAAUAAGAUGGGCAGGCCCUCGGGAAAUGCAAUCAGCCUCAAAUCAAAAGACCGCUAUUGAAACAAGACUCAAUCGGGAAGCUGCUUUCCUAGUAAGGAUUAAACCAUGGUUGAAAUCCUGUUUAAUUACAAGCAAUAAUUACUCAAUACUGUGCUCUUUGUUUUGAUCAUGAUCAAAGUUGUUAAAAUGUAUAAAAGAAAACUUGUGGUUGGGGGCAAUCUGUGCUAAAACAUUGAUGCAUUUAAAAUGUGCCAGUUCAGUUCUGCAUGAAAAGGGAACACAGAAAAUAGGCUGUAGGCUAUUGCUGAAUCAUUGAAGACCAUCUUCUUCAAUGGUCGCACUUCUAUUUGCUACUGUAUACCUCCGAUAGUGAACCUAGGACAGCAAUAAUCUACAGAUAUACCUCUAGAUUAGAAUACUUCAGUGUGUAAGUGCCUCGAGUGGUGGUGGAAUCCUGUGAGCCUUUGGGGAGAUUAAGAUUUAUAGAAAAAAAAAAAGAUGAACCAUAGGAAAAAAGGUGAGGCAGAACAUAGAUUUUAUAUAUUUUUUUCAAUAAGGCUGAUAGACUGCAGCAUUGGAAGCAAAAUAUUUUUUCUAUAAAAUAUUGCCUGGCAGUUGUAUUGCCUGAUGUCAAAUGUAUAUAAGUAAUUAAAAUAUGUCUAAAGUGAU